AUGACGCUUGCCGAGAAUGAAAUCCCGGGAAAACCGAAAACCCUCGACCUUUUCCUGGGUGUUUUAUCGAUGAACGGUUACAAGAGAUUCGGAUUCAAAAUUAUGCCAUCAUGGUCGAUUCACUUGCUAUCGCUGGCGUUGUGUCUUAGCAGCGGCUUCCAGCAGGGAUACAUCGCCGCUGUCCUCAAUCAACCAUACAAGCAAAUCGAGCAGUACAUCAAGGACUCGUAUCAGGAAAGAACGGGCACACCGUUGGAUGAGAAUGUUAAGAAUAUCAUCUGGUCAGCGCUGAACAUCUCAUUUCCAAUCGCGACAAUCGUCGGCCAAUUCGCCGCCUCAGUGCUAUGCAAGAAAUAUGGUCGAAAACGAACGGCUCUUUUCUCAUCAUUUCUCUACAUUCCGGGUGGAUUGAUAUCAGUGGCGGCGAAAUAUUGUCACCCCUACUAUGAGCUUUUGUUUGUCGGUCGAUUUAUAUGGUCGCUCGCAAACGGAAUCAACGGUGUUGUGGCGACGGUGUGGAUCGUCGAGUGUGCGCCACCACAAAUCCGUGGUCGCAUGGCCGCUAUGCAGGAGAUGUUCAUGAGUAUCGGCUCACUUGUCACCCAGGCGAUCGGCGUGCCCGCCUCGACGGACACUCUAUGGCCACUCGUGUUCGUGCCCGGCAUGGUCAUCGCCGCGAUCUCAUUGGUGAUGUUCGCUUUCGUCUAUGAGAGUCCCCAAUACAUUAUCGAGCAAAGCGGUGAUCGGGAUAAGGCCCGAGCCGCCCUGGCCGCCUAUCACGGCGUUGAGGUCGACGAUCCAUCAUUGGAAGAAGAAAUGAGGAUUUGUGAAGCAGCCAUUCAGAAGAAAACUCAGAAGAAGAACCCACUGAUCGAGCAAUCGCACGACGGGCUGACGAUCAUGUUGAAGCCGUGGAAGGCGAACGAUACGACGAGUCAAGUCAUUCGACACGCCGCAUGGGUCGGAUUGAUGGUCAAGGUGGUCUACGUGUUCACGGGUGCUCGUUGUCUGCGCGGAUACAGCACCUUCCUCUUGCACGAUUUGAGUCACUGGAGCACUGAUGGAGCUUUGUAUGGAUCGUUCUUCGUCGGUCUUGCCCGUGUGCCAGUGACCCUGAUCCCUGUCUUUCUCGUGGAUCGAUUGGGUCGUCGCCCACUUCUCCUCAGCUCAACGCUCAUCUGUGCGCUCUCUUUGCUCACGAUGAUGCUAUCGAUUUUUGCUGGCGAGGAGUUCAAGGUGGGAACACUGACCGGUCUGACAGCGCUUCUUCUCCUCUCGGCUUGCGGGAUCGGUUCGAUUUCGCGUUUCUACGCAUCAGAGUUAGUUCCCCGUUCGCUUCUUCUCAACGCCACCUCUUAUCUAACAAUGUUUGAAGCGUUGACGAAAAUUGGAGUCGAAUUCGCUUUCUAUCCGGUCGCUAAUUUGACUGGCGGCUGGUCGUUGAUGCUUUUCUUGGUGCCGACCGCUCUUUUCCUCGUCCCGAUGUGGGCAAUGUGCCCGGAAACCUCGAGAAAACACGUAAACGAGGUCUUGAAUGAAAUCGCCGUGCGCAAAAACCUCAAAGUCUCGUUUAACUCA